AUGCCUAUGGACAGCUAUCACGCCUUUCAAGUCCGCACCCCAGAAGGCGGCGUAGUACAAGACGGGGACGGGCAUGGUACUGCCGUAGAUGCAACGGACGAGCGCACUCCCAGCAGCUUCAACUUCUCGUUUACUUUCGUCGGGGUCAUGAUCCUAGUUCUCUAUUUUACGGCCAUGUUCUUCCUCGGCCUGCUCUGCUACUCACAUCGAGCCCUUCGCCGCCCUAGACACGAACAACAGGACGGUUGUUGCAGCGUCCUCUGGAAGGCCAUCAAGUUCGCCUUCUUCAUCCGUUUUCUCGAGAUAUGCUGGGAGGUCUGCUGCUCGAACGGGAGAGGGAGCGGUCGCUCGGUUGCAGCAGCAGCAGCAGCAGCAGCAGGCAGUGGUAGCAGCCGGCGGGCCAGGAACCCUGCCGAUGAAGAGUGGUAUUAUGGGGGCUCGCCCUACCCUUCCCCAUAUUACAACCUUUGGUACAACUCUCCAGAGGAGGCGGCGCAGCCCGUACCUCUGAGGACCAUGCAGGGGCCGACUCGACGUAACACGCCACAGGGGUCUCCCGAAGACGGGGACAUGUCGGCGCCGGCUAGGACGUGGUCGGGGUCGACGCUGGACCAGUCAGACGCGGCGGUGCCGGCGCAUCCGCCGCGCGCACGUCUUCCGCGCACCGUGUCGGAAGCUUCGACUCUCCGGGACGCAUGA